GCCCAGCAUAGAAUAAAAGCAUAUAUAAGGGUUGGUGAAAGUGAUAGUGCACCACCAGAAACUAAAAUUAAUGCAGAAUAUGAAAGAUUAUGUGCUAUUAUUGUACAAUAUCCACUAGAUGAUGUUUGGAAUGUAAAUGAGACAG